CUAAGAAUGAAAUUUCUAGUCCAAUACAAGGCACUGAUGAAGAGAGGUGUAAAAGGUCUGGACCAUUUUGUAGUGGAGAUAGCACUUGGGAUAUUCCCAAAGUACCUCGAUUAAAAAUUGUAAAACGUCCUACUGAUGCUUGUACAGGUACUAGAACUAAAAACAAGAAAGAAAUAGUUAUUGACCAUAUUAGCAAUAUAAAUAAAUUUUUAUUGCAAUUUAAAACAUUACAUGCGUUUUAUUAUAAAUGAAAAGAAUAUUAUAUUGUUUUUAUGGACUUUGGUAUAAAUAUAAAUUUUUAAACACAUAGGAUAAUUUUUUAAAUAUGAAAUUCUUAAUUAAUUGUUAAAUUAUCACCACAGGAAAGUUUCAGUAUUUAAAAAAUAAAACUUUGUACCAUUUUUAUAUGAUACCAGUAUAGAAAUAAACUUAUACAGUUUCUUUUUUAUUUGAUAUUUUAGCUAAGAAUGAAAUUUCUAGUCCAAUACAAGGCACUGAUGAAGAGAAGUGUGAAGGUUCUGGACCAUUUUGUAUAGAAGAUAGACCUGGAAAUUUUUCAAAAGUAGUUUGGUUAAAAAUUGUGAUACGUCCUACUGAUGCUUGUACAGGUACUUGA